AUGAAUCAGAAUAGUUGCCUGUCUGUGGCCUGUACCGACGCUCAUCCAACUGAGGCUCAUGAAUGGCUACGACAGUCUCUAACUUCCGUUGCACACUUUCUCUCUCCCUUUUUAGUUCUCUACGAUAAGAAGCUGCAACAAAUGGAAGGGAGCCUUGAGGAUCCCGAGACUCUGCGACGCCUUCUAAAUGACAAACAAAAUGAUCUUGAAUUGGCAGCUCAAAUAGGAAAGUCACUGCUUGACAGAAAUCGAGAGCUGGACCGUCAACUUCGUGACUCGGAACAGCAGAUGGCUGCUGCCAUGGAAACUAUAAACCAGCUGGAGCAUAGUCUCGGCAUGAAGGAGGAGCUGCUGCAGAUGUGGAACGAACAUAGCGCCAACGAGGAGGAUAUGCCUUCUGAUGACACCUCCCAUGGCGAUUUCGAGGUGUCACGGUUGCAUUGUCGAAGUGAAAUCUCUGGGUAA